AUGCCCAAAAAGCACCAGCGGUUUCACACGAAGCCGGCCAGCUUAGCACAUCACAGCCUUGCAUCAUCUGGGUCUCGGCAUGAUGGCGGGUCGGGGUUACAGAGCUCCGCGUCAACGACGUCAGUCAACGACUUAAUUAGCCACCUCCGCCGUACACAGAUUCCUAGUGCUUCCUCGGAUGAUCCCCCAAGCUCUCAACGCCCUCAGCGCUCGUUUGUGGCCCAGCGCUCAGUUCAUCCAUCUCUUCGAGAUGUACUUGAGCUCCCCGAAACUGCGCCACCGCGACCUCGCCCCGGUCCCCGUCGCACGAUAUUCGGGGUUCGUCCAUCUCGACCAACUGUCGGGCCUCCGCCGCCUGCGAGUUGGCUCUCCCAAAAUACGGAUCGGGCUGGAGACCAGGGAUUGCAUGCCCGGAUCCCGGGGGCGCCAGAAGAGGAAAUCCACCGGCUGGCCCGCCUCCAUGGGCCACUGUUUCCGGACCAAAGGAGUCUGGUACAUCUAUUGCUGAAAUCCAUGGCUUUGAACUGGUGCUGGCAUGUUGAAUAUGACGGUCCUUUUCUGUCCCAUCUCCCAAAUCAUAUCAAGGAACUGCUGCUGAGUUAUGUUGCUGUCUACGCAAGAGGCACGCCUCUGAGAGGGUACAUGAAAGGGCUGAAACCGCUCUUUUUGACUCCGCAGGAUCAGGAUCAAAUUGGCAAUGAGAUCCCCGGUUUUAAUGAGUCAAGAGCUGUUGACAGGGAUUUCAAGAUCGUUAGAUUAGAUCUGGGGAAUGCUUUGGGAAACUGGAUAACUUUGAGGCAGCUCAUGAACGAGGUUAUCCUCUCUCCAGCUCCAGCCGUGGGUGUCUCAGGUCACGAAAUGAAGGAGGCUGUCCCAGCUUCAUGGGAUGAAGUUGUUGACAAUGGCGGAGAGGAAGCUAUGCCUGAUCAUCUUCCAGCUCCAUCCAUGCCCAAGGCUAUUACCCAGACUUUACGCUUCCCGGAACUCCGCGCCUUAUCCCUAGCACAUCCGGAACCUAGUGCUGCAAGCUGGACCGGUCUUCUCAACCUCCUAGCACAUUUGCCAACACUCACUCAUCUCUCGCUUGCCCAUUGGCCUAUACCGUGCCGGAAUCCACGCACUGCCACUACUCGCAUUCGCGGCCCAGUGGCCCGCUUCUUGACUGCAGACGCCCUCGACAACAACUGGGCCGAAGUCGCGAGUAUCCUUCGUCAGCUCUCCCGCUCGACCUACUGCCUGAAAUGGUUGGACCUCGAAGGAUGCGGCGAAUGGCUACCAGCCUUGAAAUGGGUUGGGAAAGACCCGGAUGGUUUUCCACAGAGUCCUGAUUCUGUCGGCCCAGAAUGGAACGGAUCUUGGAGAGAUGUCGAAUGGCUUGGGAUCGGCCCUGGUUUUCGCGAUUUAUCGAAGUCUGACGACUCGUCUCGUGUGCCGCCCCAUGAACUCGCGGCCCCGGAAACAGAUUCGUCGGAUUCUAUCCAUGCAUAUCACCUUCAAAAUGCGCGUGAUGUGAUGAGGCACAUUCGCCAGAUAAGGAAGGGGAGGAAAUGGCUCGAAAUCGAGCUCGGGUUAGGGCUGGAAGACGUUGAACCUGAGAUCAUCAGAUCGCAGGAUGGACAGGAAUUAUCGGUUUAUCUAUGA